AUGCGUGGAUUUAUUCUUAUUUUCCUGUGGGCUGCCGUUUGUGGCGCUGACAAGUUAGGCUACAACUAUCAGCCAGUAGCCCAUGCGGACGAGGGCCUUUCGUUGGUGUCCGGCAACGGAUUGACCUCAGUAUCAGGUGUACCUACAUCGCAGCAUGGCGAGGCUGAGCUCUCAUUACCCAUCGAUGCACCAAUUGCUGCACCGGCCCAAAGGUCAAUCAUUCCCCAGCCGGCACCGCUUAUUGAGGAAUUUCAAAAGGAGUUCUACUCAUAUGCUGCGCCCGAGGACCAGUUCGAAGAGGGCAUUAAUAAUCAGCAAAUCGCUGACUCGUUGAAGAAAAAUCUGCGUAUUGUGUUCAUUCGCACGCCCGAGAAUCGCGGUUUCGAACGUGCCGCCCUGCAACUCGCGAAGCAAUCUGCCCAGCAGGACACUGCUAUCUAUGUCCUGAGCAAGCAGGCAGAUGUUGCCAAUCUGGCCAAACAGCUCAAUGCACUCAAGUCGAGCUCCAACAAUAAGCCCGAAGUCCACUUUGUCAAAUACCGUACUCCUCAAGAUGCUGCUAAUGCCCAGCUGGCUAUUCAGAAUCAAUAUAAUCAAUUGCCCGGUGUCUCACGCAUCUCCAACGAAGGCAGUGCAAAAGUUUUGAACUUUGCCUCCCAGGCACCUGCACCCCAAAUUAGCACAGUUCGCGCUCCCAGCUCUGAGUACCUGCCGACCAAUGUGGUAUCUUCACAGGACUAUCUGCCCCCCGCAUUGCGCCGUUUUCGUGUCAAGUAA